AUGCUGUCUCCGACUCUGACUGAACUGCCUGACGCGGUGGAGCUCCCUGCGCCGGCUGGAAGCCCUUUCGCGGACGGCGGCAUGGUCGUGCUCGAAGGCCCGAGCGGCCUCGGGAAGGUGGAGCUGGCCGAGCACAUGAUCACCCACUGCGCCACGCAGUUCAACAUGAUGCCCGUCUUCGGCACCAUGGGCCCGCGGCCCGGGGAGGUGACGCGCAUCGUGCGGGAGCUGCUGCGCAGCACGCUGGCCGUGUUCCGGCACCUCGACCGCUCCGUCCCGGACGACGACGCGCAGGCGCUGGCGAAGGUGAUCCCCGAGAAGGUCGCCAGCAGCCUCGUGGUGCUGCAGGAGCUCCUGAAUAGCAAGGCCAGCACCAUGCCAGGCAACGGAAAAACUACCGAUGUCUUCGACCUCGGUGUAAAGGCCGUGAUCGAGCUGUUGAAGGCUUUAUCGAAGAAAACUCCAAUACUUGUCGUGCUGCUAUGA